AUCACACAUCGUAUUUCCUUACGACGAGUUGUAGCAGACAUGGCGACCUGCAGUUUAUAAUAAUAUAAUAUUGUUUAUUUCUGUGAUAAUGUAUUUACUAGUUUGUUUGUUUGUGGCAUUCAUCUGUUCUAAUGCAGAAAGACUAACAACUGAUUUUUCCAAUGAUGAUAUCGAAGCUUUUAUCGUUAACGCACUGAAGAACAAUGCAACAGAAGCAUACGACUUCAGUAAUGCGACAGACGAAAUUUGUAACCCGGCAAUGGCGACUAAGCCAGAUUUUAAUGUUCCAGGAAGAAGGAUAAGCGAAGCGAAAUGUCUAGAAUAUAUAUGGGAAGUGAAAAAUAUUGAAGACCAAAUAGAAGCAGAUGAUAAAUGUCGCAUCUAUCUCAUAUCACAAAUCAAACGGGGAGUUAUUCCAGAGGUGUUCUUAUUCAUACCACCAACUGUUAUCUUCGGGGGACGUCCAGCGGCACCAGCUGAGUUUCCUCACAUGGGUGCGAUAGGCUGGCGGGGCAAUGGACAAACUAAAUGGGUAUUCAAAUGUGGCGGAUCUCUUAUUAGUGAAAAAUAUGUUCUAACAGCUGCCCACUGCACUUGGCUCUCCUUGAUGUAUCACCAAGAUGUGGUCAGUAAUACUCCUGAGGUAGUCCGGCUUGGCGUGGAGAAUAUAGAAGAAGAUGAUUUUCGUAUCAACGGUGACCCAGUUGACAUGACGAUCAAGAGAAUCAUAACCCAUCCUCGCUACAAGUCUCCCAAGAAGUACUAUGACAUAGCUCUCAUCGAGCUGGUGGAUAAAGUGAAGUUCGCUCACAAUAUCCACCCAGCUUGCUUGUGGUCCAAACCACCGAGUCAGUAUCUAGGCCAAGAAGGAAUACUAUCUGGAUGGGGUGUCACUGAAGACGGGAAACAAGCCACAGUCCUUCAAACAGCAAUUGUAGAUAUGCUGAAGUACAGCGAGUGCAGUCCCGUACUCCGUAACUCCUGGAACAGAAAUUGGCACGGCUUCGCGAAGCACCAGCUAUGCGCGGGAAAACUCUCUGGCAAGGUUGAUUCGUGUCAGGGAGAUUCCGGUGGCCCCUUGCAAAUAAAGAUCGAUACGGGAACCAAUUCUUCUAUGAACUCAGUUGUUGGAAUAACAUCCUUUGGAAUUAAAUGUGGCCAAAAAGAUAAACCAGGAAUAUACACUAAAGUAUCAAGUUUUUUAAAUUGGAUCGAGAAAACUGUAUGGGGUACUGAAGAAAAGGAGGAAGUUAUUAAAUCACUGUUUAAAAACAAAAACUUAACUUUUCAUAGAAGAACGUGAAAAACGAAUAAAUUAACGAAAUAAAAUUUUAAAAUCAUGAAGGCGUAAAAGGAAAAAAUAUGCAAGCACGAAUUAUUAAACCCCAGUUUUUAUAAUAUUAUCUGUGAACAAAUUGAAUAGAUACCAAUAAUUCGUUAUAUUUAUGGUUUAUUUCAAUCAAAAUCCUCCCCACACCACAUGCUCGCUGGGCAGAUUUGCCCUUGCGCAGCCCAUGCCAAACAAAGUGACUUCAAUGAUAAACUAUGUAGUAACAAAUAAAACGCCAUUUUUUU